AUGAUUAUGAAGAGUGAACAGGCGGAACCUUCUCUACAUACGGACACAAAUGGACACGAUGUCUGGAGAACCUCAGAGGAACAUCUCAUGACCUCUCCAGAAGAAGACACCAUAGAUUUCAGGGUCAUCCAAUGGUCUCCAGAAGUAAAGCCCGAUGCUGUGAAUAUACAACACGCACUUUCCUGUGGAGGUAGCUCAGGAGAUCCUUCUAGUCCUGAGGAACCUUCUUAUGGGUCACACACUAUCAUCCCGAAUAUCCUUCCAAGGAUUCCCACCGCAGAUACAAGAUCAGAUCCUCCUAACCCCGAGGAAUCUCCUCACGGUCUUUUAGAUAUUGUUUUCUACAAAGAAGAAGAAGAAAUAUUUCCAUGUUCUUCUGAUACGUUCCAUGCCGUUACUCCGAGGACCUCUCCAGGAGAUCCCAUUGCAGAUGGGACAUCGGAUUCUUCUAAUCCCGAGAAUUCUUCUCACGCUCAUUCAGAUAUCGUUAUCCACAAAGUUGAGGAGAUAUUUCCGUUUUCUAUGGAAGACAAAUGUUCAGCUUUGGCAUCAACUCUCGCUGUACAUCAGGGGACAGACCCUGAAAAUCGGUCAUUUUCAUGUCCUGAGUGCGGGAAGUGUUUUAAUACCAAGUUGCGUCUCGUCAGUCAUAUCAAAAUUCACAGCAAAGUGCGGCCUCAUGCAUGUUUGGAGUGCGGGAAAAGUUUUAUAUUGAAGUCACACCUUGCUAGGCACGCAAGUCAUCAUACCGGAGUGCGCCCCUAUUCCUGUUCGGAGUGCGGGAAGUCUUUCAGGGACAAAUGUGUCCUUGUCAAACACCUGAGGUAUCACACAGGGGAGAGACCUUACGUGUGCAGCGAGUGCGGGCAGUCCUUUGUAGAGAAAGCGCAUCUGAAAAGGCACCUUAAGCUUCACACGGGGGAGACACCGUUUUCAUGUUCGGAGUGCGGAAAGUGUUUCCCUCGGAAAGAUACACUCAUGAAACACCAGAGAACCCACGUGAGCAAAAGGAUGUAUAUGUGUAAUAAGUGCGGGAAAGGUUUUUCGCUAAGAGCCAUGCUGAUCGUGCACCGGCGAACGCAUGUAGAUGAGCGGUCGUUUUCCUGCAAAGAGUGUGGCAAAUGCUUCAAACAGAAAGUGUUCCUAGCCCGACACUGGAAGCUGCACAUUGAGGAGGGCUCAACAUUGUGUUUGGAAUGUGGGGAAUCCUUCAAAACAAAACUGGACCUUCAAGCCCAUGGUAGUGUUCACGGAGGCGAGAAUACCUUAUCGUGCGCGGAGUAUGGACACGAUGUCUGGAGAACCUCAGAGGAACAUCUCAUGACCUCUCCAGAAGAAGACACCAUAGAUUUCAGGGUCAUCCAAUGGUCUCCAGAAGUAAAGCCCGAUGCUGUGAAUAUACAACACGCACUUUCCUGUGGAGGUAGCUCAGGAGAUCCUUCUAGUCCUGAGGAACCUUCUUAUGGGUCACACACUAUCAUCCCGAAUAUCCUUCCAAGGAUUCCCACCGCAGAUACAAGAUCAGAUCCUCCUAACCCCGAGGAAUCUCCUCACGGUCUUUUAGAUAUUGUUUUCUACAAAGAAGAAGAAGAAAUAUUUCCAUGUUCUUCUGAUACGUUCCAUGCCGUUACUCCGAGGACCUCUCCAGGAGAUCCCAUUGCAGAUGGGACAUCGGAUUCUUCUAAUCCCGAGAAUUCUUCUCACGCUCAUUCAGAUAUCGUUAUCCACAAAGUUGAGGAGAUAUUUCCGUUUUCUAUGGAAGACAAAUGUUCAGCUUUGGCAUCAACUCUCGCUGUACAUCAGGGGACAGACCCUGAAAAUCGGUCAUUUUCAUGUCCUGAGUGCGGGAAGUGUUUUAAUACCAAGUUGCGUCUCGUCAGUCAUAUCAAAAUUCACAGCAAAGUGCGGCCUCAUGCAUGUUUGGAGUGCGGGAAAAGUUUUAUAUUGAAGUCACACCUUGCUAGGCACGCAAGUCAUCAUACCGGAGUGCGCCCCUAUUCCUGUUCGGAGUGCGGGAAGUCUUUCAGGGACAAAUGUGUCCUUGUCAAACACCUGAGGUAUCACACAGGGGAGAGACCUUACGUGUGCAGCGAGUGCGGGCAGUCCUUUGUAGAGAAAGCGCAUCUGAAAAGGCACCUUAAGCUUCACACGGGGGAGACACCGUUUUCAUGUUCGGAGUGCGGAAAGUGUUUCCCUCGGAAAGAUACACUCAUGAAACACCAGAGAACCCACAGAAUUCACUCAGGCGAGAAGCCCUUUUCUUGUUCCGAGUGCGGAAAAUGUUUCGCACAGAAAGGAAGCCUUGACUUGCAUAUCAAAGUCCACACUGGCGAGAAGCCGUUCUCCUGUACAGAGUGUGGAAAAUGCUUCAUUCAAAAAGCACACCUUCUUUCACACAAGCGGAUUCACAUGGGCGAGCUUCCUUUUGCAUGCCCAGAGUGCGGGAAAUGCUUCCGUCAGAAAAGAUACCUUGUUAGUCAUCAGAGAAGUCACAUCAACGUGCACACUUUUUCCUGUUCACAGUGCGGGAAAAGUUUUACGCGGAAAGAGAGUCUUUUAAGGCACAAGAAGCUUCACGCCGGAGUGCGGCCGUAUUCCUGUUCAGAGUGCGGGAAAUGUUUCAUUCAGAAAGGAGACCUUGUUACGCACCAGAGAAGUCACACGGGCGAGCAUCCUUUUCUAUGCUUAUUGUGUGGAAAAAGUUACAGCCAGAAAAGACACCUUAUUAGACACCAGAUAGGUCACACAGGCGAGCGUCCUUUUUCAUGUUUGCAGUGUGGGAAAUGUUUCACGCGGAAAGAAGGUCUGAUUAGGCAUGAAAGACUUCAUACUGGGCAGCGUCCAUAUUCAUGCUCAGACUGUGGGAAAAGUUUUAAUCAAAAAAUACACCUUUUAACACACCAUAGAACCCAUACGGGUGAGAUGCCAUACUCAUGCUCAGAGUGUGGGAAACGUUUCAGACAGAAAAAGUACCUUAUCAAACACCAGAGAAGUCACACAAGUACAUUUUCUUGCUCAGAGUGUGGGAAAUCCUUCAAUCAGGAAAGAUACCUUAUUAAACACCAAAAAAGUCACAGACGUGAACAUCCUUUUUCAUGUUCAGAGUGCGGAAAAUGUUUUAGUCAGGAAAGAAACCUUAUUAAACACCAGAAAAUUCACACAGGUGAGCAUCCCUUUUCCUGUUCAGAGUGUGGGAAAAGUUUCACUCGAAAAGAUAGUCUGAUGAGGCAUGAGAGAAUUCACAAUGGAGUCAGUCCAUAUUCAUGUUCGGAGUGCAGGAAAUGUUUCAAUCAAAAACAAGACCUUCUUGUGCACCAGAGAAUUCACCCGGGUGAGCGUCCCUUUUCAUGUUCAUUGUGCGGGAAAAGUUACAGUCAGAAGAGACACCUUCAGAGACACCAGAAUAGUCACACAGGAAUGCUUCCUUUUUCUUGUUCGCAGUGUGGGAAAUGUUUUACAAGGAAAGAGGGUCUAGUAAGGCACGGGAGACUUCACACAGGAGUGAGGCCAUAUUCAUGUUCAGAGUGCGGGAAAAGUUUCAUUCAGAAAACGCACCUUCUAAGGCACCAUAGAACUCAUAUGAGCAAACCUAAUUUUUCAUGCUCAGAGUGUGAGAAAUCGUUCAGAACAAAAUCUGACUUCGUUCUGCAUCAGUUUGUGCACAGUGUCUGA